AUGUCCUUUUUGGAUGCUGCUCUCAAGUUUCUUUUCCAAAAGGUUUCCUGCGCUUUCCAUCAGACAACCUGGAGCGUCGGCUUCAUUGCGCACCGAAUCAUUACCCAGAUCGUCCUAACCGGAAGUCGUGUGUUUGGUCGAGCUUUUGCCGAGGCCUACAAACAAGCCCAGGCCUCAUCACAAUAUGCCAAAGCUGCAGGGAAGAACAAUCCAGGCGCGAUGAACACGGCCGCUGCCUCGGGCAUGACCCUCGACGAAGCUUGCAAAAUUCUCAACGUGAAGCCACCCCAAGGCGGAAUUACGAAUAUGGAAAACGUAAUGGAACGAUUCAAGAAGCUAUACGACCUCAACGAACCCAAAAAGGGCGGUGGCGGCUCGUUCUAUCUCCAGAGCAAGAUCCUACGUGCGCGUGAACGGAUAGAAAUGGAAGUUCGAGAGGCGGAGCGGAAAGCUGCGUUGGAGAAAGAGUUGAAAGAAGGUUGGAAGCCCAAGCUCUACCAGGAGUGA